AACAUAUUUAGUUGCAAUCAACCUAACAGGGGAGACAACUAAAAACAUGCCUCCAAAAAAGGCUGCCAAGGUUAUUAAGUCAGUAACCAGAAAGGUUAUUCAUCCACCAUAUUUAAAAACAAACAUACCAGCAGGCAAAGCAGCAGCUGCUCCCCCACUUGGACCACAACUUGGACAGAGAAACAUACAGAUAGGACCAUUCUGCAAACAGUUCAAUGAUCUAACUAAUGACAUUAAAACAGGAAUACCAAUACCUACCUUUAUAAAAUUAAAUCCAGAUCGAACAGUUUCAAUUACCACUCAUAAACCUCCUGUAUCAUAUUUCCUGAAAAUGGCAGCUGGAGCUAAGAAAGGAAGAAUAAACAAGGACGAUGUUGCAGGAAAAGUAACACUAAAACAUGUAUAUGAAAUAGCCAAAAUAAAGAUGCAAGAUCCACAAAAUCGAGGACAGUCACUUGAAAAUAUCUGCAAACAAAUUAUUGGGACUUCUUAUAGUGUUGGUAUUGAGGUGGUAAAGUCUUUAGACCCUGAAGAAUAUGCAGAGUUUCUACAAGAAAGACAAAAAAGACUUGAUCAGUAUGACAUAGAGUUGGAAGAAAUAAGAAAAUCAAAACUGUUACGAUUGUAGUGCUUUGUAUAAUAUUUUGUUUUCAAUUUUGAGCACAUUCUUCAUGCUAUAAAUAAAAAUAAAAAAUA